AUGCUGGUCUUGCAAGCGCAAGGCUGCGAGGCUGCAAGGCUGCAAGGCUGCAAGCCCCCCCCCCACCUGAUCGUGCGACGACAACAGACCUCCACCGACCUCGGCCGAGCCGCCCUCCGUCCCGACUUCACCCAUGGGCACCGCUACCACCUCACCUCCAUGGCCACGCCAAAGAACCGUCCGCGCGACCCCCCUCCCGUCCUCUUCCUGCCCCCUUCCCCGGGCGCAUCGCACGUGUCGCUGCCCAGCACCGCACCACCCGCUCCCGCACCCGCACCCGGCCAGGAUGCGCUCCCCCCCGAGCGCGACGGCCGCGCGCUGAGCCGCACCGACGCCCUGUGGGCGCAGAUGCAGGCCAUCCUGGAGGACGUCGAGCUGGCCGCCUCGUCGGGCGGCACCCACGUCUUCGGGCCCGACCACGACCUGCAGCUCCGCCGGCUGCGGUCUGCCCAGAUCGGCCUCGCGCAGGCCUGGGCGCGCAACGAGACCGACGACCUGCCCGCCGGCUCGGCGGACGAGCCCGAGCACGACGCCGUGCUGGGCGCCAGGAGACGCGAGGCAAACGACAGGUACUUCCGCCGCGUCAACGACGGCGUGUCCGACGUCGUCGCCAAGUUGGAGCAGGUGGCCGUGGCUAUUCGAUCCGUCGAGCGGGAGAGCAAGGAUGUCUGGGACGAGAGCAGGACGGUAGACACCGUAACCUAG